UUCCCGCACACGACCAUGCACCCGGUGCACGUAAGGCCAAAUGAGUAGGACCCACCGCUUUGCUCCUGGCCUCACCGCAACCGGGCGCAUGCACUUUCUCCAGGCGCCUCCUCUGUGAACUGCUUCAUCUUCAAUGCAUUUCCCAUCUCCUGGCCGAGACGACGAAGAAGAUGAGAAGAUCCCGUCAGAUUGUUUCCGCCAUGGAUUGAGGAACCGCCCGAGCUUUCCAUAGGGAGAGAAGAUUGAAUAUUCGAUGCGUUUCUGUUUCUCAUAGUAACCGAUCGUUUCGCGUUUCGGACUUGGACUGCUGCUUCUAGAGGACGAUCUGAUCGGACACGUUGACCUGUGGCGGAGUCGGAGAUCUUGUCCUGCCUUCUGUUUGUGCUCUGGUUUUUUCGGAGAAGCGGAUAGUAGAGAUGGGGUUUACUUCGGGAAUCGUCAUGGGGGCGAUCUUUGGGGUGGCGGUGAUGUUCGGAUGGAGUUACAUGAUGAGCUAUCGCAGGACCAAGCGUGUCGCUAAGGCAAUGGUUAUCAAACAACUGGCAUCCCUUAACCGAGAUGAUCUAAGGAAAAUUUGUGGUGAUAGCUUUCCUGACUGGAUAUCAUUUCCCGUAUAUGAACAGGCGAAAUGGAUGAACAAGCAACUGAGCAAACUGUGGCCAUUUGUUGCAGAUGCGGCAACAAUGGUAAUAAAAGAAUCUGUUGAACCAUUAUUGGAAGAGUAUCGACCUCCAGGGAUUACUUCACUGAAGUUUAGCAAGUUGUCGCUUGGAACUGUGGCACCAAAGAUUGAAGGUAUUCGUGUUCAAAGUCACAAAAAGGGUCAGGUCAUAAUGGAUAUUGACUUCCGAUGGGGGGGCAACCCCAGUAUUGUACUAGGAGUUAAAGCUGCAGUUGUUGCUAACCUGCCAAUUCAAUUGAAAGAUCUUCAAGUCUUCACUGUCAUUCGUGUUGUCUUCCAACUUGCUGAAGAGAUCCCCUGCAUAUCUGCGGUUGUUGUAUCACUACUUACAGAGCCGAAGCCUAAGAUAGAUUAUACUCUGAAGGCUGUUGGUGGAAGCCUAACAGCCAUUCCUGGCAUUUCCGAUAUGAUCGAUGACACUGUAAAUACAAUUGUCACAGAUAUGCUUCAAUGGCCCCACAGAAUAGUCGUUCCUCUUGGGGGUAUACCUGUAGAUACAAGCGAAUUAGAACUCAAGCCACAGGGUGAGCUUUUGGUGACAGUGGUAAGAGCUAAUGAUUUGAAGAACAUGGAAAUGAUUGGAAAAUCAGAUCCAUAUGUGGUUCUGUACGUACGGCCUCUAUUCAAGGUGAAAACGAGAGUCAUAGAAAACAACCUGAACCCAGUUUGGAAUCAAACCUUCAAUUUGAUUGCAGAAGACAAGGAGACACAGUCGAUAAUCAUUGAGGUUUUCGACAGGGACAUUGGCCAAGACAAGAAGUUGGGAACAGCCAAACUGCCCCUGAUUGAGCUUGAAGCUGAGACUGAGAAAGAGUACGAGCUGAGGUUGCUUCCAUCACUUGAUAUGAUGAAAAUAAAAGAUAAGAAAGACAGGGGAACCGUCAUGCUCAAGGUUCGAUAUCACCAUUUUAACAAUGAGGAGCAGCUAGCUGCUCUGGAAGAAGAGAAGAGGAUCCUGGAAGAGAGGAAGAAGCUGAAGGAAGCGGGAGUCAUUGGAAGCACCAUGGAUGCUCUUGACGGUGCCGCAUCACUUGUCGGUUCCGGUGUCGGGAUGGUUGGCACUGGAAUCGGUGCAGGUGUUGGGUUUGUGGGGAGUGGGCUCGGGGCAGUUGGGAGUGGCCUGAGCAAGGCAGGGAAGUUCAUGGGGCGGACAAUCACGGGACAGUCGGGCAGGAAGAGUGGAACUGCAACCCCAGUGACCAGUGAGAACGGCAGCUCGAAACCUCAUCAGCAGUAACCAAUGCUAAUACUCAGAUCUUCAUUUUCCGGAGAAAAUGGUCAGUUCGAUCCAAAUUCACUCAUCUUCAGCCUAGACAUCAUUAGAUUCUCAAUCAGACCUCGUCUUUGAUAAAUACAUGGUACAACACCAGCACCGAUACACGCCAUUUAAACUAACAUUCUGUGUUUGGAGAAUAGCUCAAGAUGACGAUCCACAGUACAUUCUAAACUUCUAAAUACAGUACAUUACGUGAAACAAUACAGGCACGGAGAUUUUCGUUUUUGUAAUUUGAUAACCGCUUAAGAGUUAUCCUGUUUAGGCACAUAACUAUCCACCUCGUUCCUGCAA